AUGCGUUCCAAGUGCACAGCUGAAUGGGACCUUGUACAGGCAGGAAUCAGCACUUACAGGGCACCCCAAAUCUCUAUGCCCCCAGCAUUCAAGAUAUCCAAGACCCUCGGCUGGACAAUCGCUCAGAAUCUCAAUGCACAUUCGAUGGGCGUAUAUGAAAUUUCAAUGCAGAACAACGAGGCAGAUGACAAGAUCCACAUUUUUUCUCGAGGUGCAUACACCACCCGUGCGCUCGCUGGCGUAAUCAACGAAGUCGACCUGCUCCCGACAUGCAACCACCAGCAGAUGCCAUACGAGAACAAGGUGUACACGUGCACGACACCACUUGGCUAG